ACCACUCCCUGCUUAUCUUAGAGAGACAGAGAGAGAUGGGUUUCACAGAGAAGCAAGAAGCUUUGGUGAAGGAAUCAUGGGAGGUUCUGAAGCAAGACAUCCCUCGUUUCAGCUUGCUGUUCUUUUCUCUGAUAUUGGAGAUAGCACCAGCUGCAAAGAACAUGUUCAGUUUUCUGAGAGACACGGAGGAGAUUCCCCAGAAUAAUCCAAAGCUCAAAGCUCAUGCUGUCAAGGUUUUAAAGAUGACAUGUGAGUCAGCCAUUCAACUGAGGGAGAAAGGCGAGCUGGUUGUGACUGAUACAACUCUCAAGUAUCUGGGCGCCGUUCAUGUCAAGAGUGGCGUCAUUGACCCCCAUUUUGAGGUGGUGAAAGAAGCACUUUUAAGGACAGUUAACGAAGCAAUGGGAGAAGAGAAAUGGAGUGAAGACAUGAAGGGUGCAUGGGGCGAAGCUUAUAAUCAGUUGGCUUCAGCCAUCAAGGCUGAGAUGAACAACAACAACAUUGCUGCUUAAUUUCAAUGUUAAUUC